GAAAAAAUAUUAAAUACUUUUUAUUUGUGUGCAGGAGAGUUGACGAUGGCGACGAGCCUGUCCUCCCUGAGCUCGAGUAGCAACAACAACAACAGCAGCAACAUGCCCCCCAGCCGGGGGGUGUCACGCCUGGGACAAAUGCAGGCGCGGCUGCAGGAGCAGCUGAUGGUGGAGAAGGAGUCGCGUCUGCUGGAGAUGGCGGCGCGGCAGGAGGCAGAGAGGGACUCUACCAUCCAGAGAGUAACCAAGUCCUCGGCAUCUUCCCUCAGCUCCUCACUGUCCUCACUAUCCCUAGGAUCCUCUUUCUCAGGACAAGGAAGGGUCAGAAAGUUAUUUGAGGACCGACGGUCAACAGGCUACGAUAAAAGUUACCCUUUAAAUCCCGUCAGAGGGAAACCCAGUGACGCCAAACCUGCUGUUCGCGGGAUAGUCAAAAAUGGACCAAGGAACGGACCUCCUGCCCCCAACAGAGGCGGCUACAGCAGCGGGUAUGGACAAGCCCGGUCUAGAAGUCAGGUCUCUGCAGAUCCUAGAGUCCCCAAACAAAACUUAAUCAACAGACAGAACAAUAACAACGGUGCCGGUGUGUUAUCUUCUCAUAAAUCCAACCCUUCCCUGCUCGAUGCUGAUAAUUCUGGCAGCUACAACAACAACAGCCGCUACGGCAGACGUCCUAGCCGCGACAUGCGGUCGCCAUCGCCUGCCGUUAACGGAAGUGGACCCUCACCCAUCCCUCCUCCUUCCGCCGCCCCCCUCAAAAGACCCCCUCCCAAGAAGCCUUCCCCAUCACCAUUAAAGGUGAGACUUAACUAUAUUUUAACUAGCAUUAAAUUAUCUAUUUUAAUUAGC